UCGCCGGGGAUCAUCGUCACCACUCCAGCUAGGAGCUGCGCCGGGCCGAUCACUGCGCGUCUCCUGUCGGCUUUGCACAACAUUCCUGAGAAAUACACCUGCUAUUUAUGGCAUGUGGCUGGUAACUUUUUUCCUGCUGUAUUCUUUACGAGAAGUGCGCAGUGAGGAUGCGGGGACCCGGCUGUACUUUGUGAACGCCACCCUCCAGCAGGUGACCUUCUCCAACUCGGUGGGGGUGUCGCUCCCCUGCCCGGCCGGGGGGUCUCCGGCCGCGGCCCUGCGCUGGUACCUGGCCACGGGCGACGACAUCUACGAUGUGCCGCACAUCCGCCACGUGCACGCCAACGGCACGCUGCAGCUGUACCCCUUCCUGCCCUCCGCCUUCAACAGCUUCAUCCACGACAACGACUACUUCUGCACCGCCGAGAACAGCGCGGGCAAGAUCCGCAGCCCCAGCAUCCACGUCAAAGCAGUUUUCAGGGAGCCCUACACAGUGCGGGUGGACGACCAGCGGGCCACGCGGGGAAACGUGGCCGUCUUCAAGUGCCUCAUUCUUUCUGCCGUGCAGGAAUACAUUAGCGUAGUGUCCUGGGAGAAAGACACUGUCUCCAUCGUCCCAGGCAAUAGGUUUUUUAUUACUUCCUAUGGAGCUCUGUACAUAUCGGAUGUCCAGAAGGAGGAUGCCCUGUCCACCUACCGCUGCAUCACCAAGCACAAAUACAGUGGGGAGACCAGGCAGAGCAAUGGGGCGCGGCUGUCUGUGCUGGACCCCAUGGAGAACCCUCCCAGCAUCCUGGAUCGCUUCCAGUCAGGAGAGGUGUGGGCAGGGCUCAGCGUGGAGCUGCCCUGCAUCGCCUCCGGAUACCCCAACCCCGCCAUCCGCUGGCUGAAGGACGGCCGGCCCCUGCCGGCGGACUCCCGCUGGACGCGCCGCCUGUCUGGGCUGACCGUCAGCGACCUAAGGCCAGAGGACAGCGGCAACUACAUCUGCGAGGUCACCAACAGCUUCGGGUCAGCCGAGGUCAGGGGUCACCUCAAUGUCAUAGACCCUCUGAGAGUGACCCUGACGCCAAAGAACCUCAAGACAGGCAUCAGCAACACGGUGAUCCUGACGUGCGCGGUCCAGGGCUCGCCUCACUACACCGUGCAGUGGUACCGCAACACCGAGCUGGUCGUCCCUGACGACCACAUCUCGAUCCGGGGCAUCAACAACGAGACGCUGCUCAUCAACUCCGCGCAGAAGACCCACUCCGGUGCCUACCAGUGCUUCGCCACCCGCAAGGGCCAGACGGCUCAGGACUUCUCCAUCAUCCUGCUGGAGGACGGGACGCCCCGGAUCGUGUCGUCCUUCAGCGAACGGGUGGUGGCCCCCGGGGAGCAGUUCUCGCUGAUGUGCGCGGCCAAGGGCGCCCCCCCGCCCACCGUCACCUGGACCCUGGACGACGAGCCCAUCACCCGCGACAGCGGCCACCGCAGCAACCAGUACACCCUGUCGGACGGCAGCACCGUGAGCCACAUGAACGUCAGCAGCCCGCAGAUCCGCGACGGCGGGGUGUACCGAUGCGUCGCCCGCAACUCCGCCGGCAGCGCCGAAUACCAAGCGCGCAUAAACGUAAGAGGUCCACCCAGCAUCCGAGCGAUGCGCAACAUCACGGCGGUGGCCGGGAGGGAUACCUUCAUCAACUGCCGCGUGAUUGGCUACCCCUACUACUCCAUCAAGUGGUACAAGGAUUCGCUACUCUUGCCCGACAAUCACCGGCAGAUGGUGUACGACAACGGCACGCUCAAGCUGAUGGAUGUGCAGAAGGGAAUGGACGAGGGGGAGUACCUCUGCAGCGUCCUCAUCCAGCCUCAGCUCUCCAUCAGCCAGAGUGUCCAUGUCACCGUCAAAGUGCCUCCCCUGAUCCAGCCCUUCGAGUUCCCCCCCGCCUCGAUCGGCCAGCUGCUGUACAUCCCCUGUGUGGUCUCCUCGGGCGACAUGCCCAUCCGCAUCACCUGGCGCAAAGACGGCCAGGUCAUCAUGUCGGGCUCGGGGGUCACCAUCGAGACCAAGGAGUUCAUGAGCUCCCUGCAGAUCUCCAGCGUGUCGCUCAAGCACAACGGCAACUACACCUGCAUCGCCAGCAACGACGCGGCGACGGUCAGCCGCGAGAGACAGCUCAUAGUGCGAGUGCCACCCCGGUUUGUAGUGCAGCCCAACAACCAAGAUGGGAUCUAUGGCAAAGCUGGUGUCCUGAACUGCUCUGUGGACGGCUACCCUCCUCCCGAAGUCAUGUGGAAACACGCCAAAGGCAGUGGGAAUCCUCAGCAGUACCACCCUGUUCCCCUGACGGGCCGGAUCCAGAUCCUGGCCAACGGCUCCCUGCUCAUUCGCCACGUGCUGGAGGAAGACAUCGGCUACUACCUGUGCCAGGCCAGCAAUGGAGUGGGCACGGACAUCAGCAAGAGCAUGUUCCUCACGGUCAAGAUCCCCGCCAUGAUCACCUCUCACCCCAACACCACCAUCGCCAUCAAGGGCCAGCAGAAGGAGCUGGAGUGCAUGGCGAGGGGCGAGCGGCCCAUCAUCAUCCGCUGGGAGAAGGGCGACACCGUCAUCGACACCGACCGCAACACCCGCUACUCCAUCACCACCAAGGACAACGCUGAAGAGGUCGUCUCCACACUGAAGCCCCCCGACCCCCCCGAGCUGGAGGUGAAGGAGGUGAAGGCCCGCAGCAUGAACCUGCGCUGGACCCAACGCUUCGACGGCAACAGCAUCAUCACCAGCUUCGACAUCGAGUACAAGAACAAGUCAGACUCGUGGGACUUCAAGCACGCCACCCGGAACAUCUCCCCCACCAUCAACCAGGCCAACAUCGUGGAGCUGCACCCGGCGCGGGUCUACAGCAUCCGCAUGUACUCCUUCAACAAGAUCGGCCGCAGCGAGGCCAGCAAGGAGCUGACCAUCAGCACCGAGGAGGCAGCACCCGACGGGCCUCCGCUGGACGUCACUCUGCAGCCGAUGACCUCCCAGAGCAUCCGGGUCACCUGGAAGGCCCCAAAGAAGGAGCUUCAGAAUGGGGUGAUCCGGGGCUACCAGAUCGGAUACCGGGAGAAUGGACCCGGCAGCAACGGGCAGUACACCAUCUCCAACAUGAAGGCGACGGGCGACAGCGAGGUGUACACCCUGGACAACCUGAAGAAGUUUGCCCAGUACGGAGUGGUGGUGCAGGCGCUGAACCGAGCCGGCACCGGGCCCUCCAGCACCGAGAUCAACUGCACUACGCUGGAGGACGUGCCCAGCCAGCCCCCGGAGAACGUGCGCGUGAUGUCCAUCACCUCCGACGUGGCCGUGCUGUCGUGGUCCGAGCCCCCCCGCAUCACGCUGAACGGCGUGCUGAAAGGGUACCGCAUCAUCUACUGGUCGAUCUUCCCGGACGGAGAGUGGGGAGAGAUGCAGAACAUCACAACAACACGAGAGAGGGUGGAGCUGAAGGGGCUGGAGAAAUUCACCAACUACAGCGUGCAGGUGCUGGCAUACACGCAGGCCGGCGACGGGGUCAGGAGCCGCAUGCUGAACGUCCAGACCAAGGAGGACAAUCCAGGGCCGCCAGCUGGGAUCAAGGCUGUGCCCUCGUCUGCCAGCAGCGUGGUGGUGUCCUGGCUGCCCCCGACCAAACCCAACGGCAUCAUCCUGAAAUACACCAUCUUCUGUUCCAGCCCCGGCUCCGGGCAGCCUGCCCCCAGCGAGUACGAGUCCAGCCCCGAGCAGCUGUUCUACCGGAUAGCCCAUCUGACCCGAGGCCAGCAGUACCUCAUCUGGGCGGCCGCGGUAACCUCCGCUGGCCGUGGCAACAUCAGUGAGAAGGUCACUGUGGAGCCUGCUGGGAAGGCCCCAGCGAAGAUCAUCUCGUUCGGGGGCACAGUGACCACUCCUUGGAUGAGGGACGUGCGCCUGUCCUGCACCUCUGUAGGGGAGCCCGCCCCUACCAUCAAGUGGACCAAAGACAGUGAGGACCUGGCCAUUCCUGUGACUGUGGACGGGCACCGCCUCAUCCUGGCCAAUGGCACGCUGGUCUUGCGCGCUGUCAAGGCAGAGGAUUCUGGGUACUACACCUGCACGGCCACCAACACACUGGGCUUUGACACCAUCAUCGUCAACCUGCUGGUACAAGUGCCUCCAGACCAGCCUCGGCUCACUGUCUCCACCACCUCCACCUCCUCCAUCACCCUGGCUUGGAUCCCCGGAGACAAUGGGGGCAGCUCCAUCAGAGGCUUUGUACUGCAGUACUCUGUUGACAACACGGAGGAGUGGAAGGACGUCUUCAUCAGCUCCACAGAGCGCUCCUUCAAGCUCGACAACCUGCGCUGUGGCACCUGGUACAAGGUCAAGCUGGCUGCCAAGAACAGCGUGGGCGCUGGCCGCAUCAGCGAGAUCAUUGAGGCCAAGACGCACGGCCGAGAGCCUCAGUUCAACAAGGACCAGCACCUCUUCACCCACAUCAACUCCACCCACGCGCGGCUCAACCUCCAGGGCUGGAGCAGCGGCGGCUGCCCCAUCACCGCCAUCCUCCUGGAGUUCCGGCCCAAGGGCACCUGGGCCUGGCACGCCCUGCGCACCAACAUCACCUCCGACGUCUUCCUUGCCGAGCUGCGGGAGGCUACCUGGUACGAGCUCAAGAUGAAGGCCUGCAACAGUGCCGGCUGUGGCAAUGAAACCUCCCAGUUUGCCACGCUGGACUACGAUGGAAGUACCAUCCCCCCAAUCAAGUCGGCCCGGGGGGAGGGGGACGAUGUGAAGAAGCUGUUCAGCAUCGCCUGCCCCGUCAUCCUGGUCACGCUGGGCGUGGCCCUGCUCUUCAUCAUCCGCAAGAAGCGCAAGGAGAAGAGGCUGAAGAGGCUGAGGGAUGCUAAAAGCCUGGCUGAAAUGCUGAUUAGUAAGAAUAACCGCAGUUUCGACACGCCGGUGAAGGGGCCCCCACAGGGCCCCCGACUUCACAUCGACAUCCCCCGUGUGCAGCUGCUGAUCGAGGACAAGGAGGGCAUCAAACAGCUGGGUGAAGACAAAGCCACCAUCCCCGUUACGGACACCGAGUUCAGCCAAUCAGUGAACCCUCAGAGCUUCUGCACGGGCGUGUCUCUGCACCACCCCGCCCUCAUCCAGAACACCGGCCCCCUGAUCGACAUGUCGGACAUCCGGCCCGGCACCAAUCCGGUCUCCCGUAAGAGCGUGAAGUCCGCCCACAGCACCCGCAACCGCUACUCCAGCCAGUGGACGCUGACCAAGUGCCAGGCCUCCACGCCGGCUCGCACCCUCACCUCCGACUGGCGCACCGUAGGCUCGCAGCACGGCAUCACCGUCACCGAGAGCGACAGCUACAGUGCCAGCCUGUCCCAGGACACAGACAAGGGCCGGAACAGCAUGGUGUCUACGGAGAGCGCGUCCUCCACCUACGAGGAGCUGGCCCGCGCCUACGAGCACGCCAAGCUGGAGGAGCAGCUGCAGCACGCCAAGUUCGAGAUCACCGAGUGCUUCAUCUCCGACAGCUCCUCCGACCAGAUGACCACGGGCACCAACGAGAACGCGGACAGCAUGACCUCCAUGAGCACGCCCUCCGAGCCGGGCAUCUGCCGCUUCACUGCCUCGCCGCCCAAGCCGCAGGACUACGACCGCGGGAAGAACGUGGCCGUGCCCAUUCCCCACCGCGCCAACAAGAGCGAUUACUGCAACCUCCCUCUCUACAUGAAGACGGACCCCUUCUUCCGCAAGCAGCCGGAGCUGCAUGACCCCUGCCCCGUGGUGCCGCCCCGCGAGGCCUCCAUCCGCAGCCUGGCGGCAAGGGCCUAUCACACGCAGGCCGCACGUCACAUGACUUUGGACCCAGGCAGCAGUAGCAAGCAAGCGCUUACCCUGGCCCAUCCUGGGGUGGGCAUGGGAGGGAGCUCGGGCACAGCCACGCUGCCCCAGAGGACUCUCACCAUGCCAGGCUCGGCGGCGCCCAGUACCAGCGCCGCUGCCGCGGCUGCAUCAGCCAGUGCGUCCGGCGCCAAUCCCACCGCUGCCGCCAAAAUAGGUGGUUCUAGAGACUCCUUAUUAGAGGGCAACUCAGCUGGCUUGGGCAGACUGCAGAAGCAAGGAGCCGGAGCUUAUUCCAAGUCUUAUACACUAGUGUAGGCGACUACUACUGGUGUAAUCUUCAGACAUUGCUAUGAUCUACGCCACUGGUGUCAUCUUUUACACCAAGACUCCUCCACUCUCUCACCUUUGUCACCUCCCUCCGAAAAACAUGCAAACCCCAUAGCUACCCUCUUUCUUCAUUAGAAAUGAAUCACUCCUAAUUUUCCAUGAUGGGGAACUGUACCCACAUCCUAGUGUAUGAAUCUCGGGGGAGCUUGGACCCAGUGGAAUAUGAGCUCCCUUAUCUCUUCUGCUCUCUUGCAGCAAUAUGUGGAAAACUGUUUCAAGGACUUCAUCUUAAACAGCCAUGUUGGAGUCUAGUGGCUUUUCUCCCCACUCUAUAAUCUGAAGUAUUGUUUUAUAAUGGGAAGAAAACAAAUGUAUUUGAAAUGGAUGAGAUAUGAAUUGUUUCAGUAUUUUUUUUUAUGAAACACGUGCACUACUUGGAGUUAACCCAACCUCCAAAUUCUGAUUCAUAUAUAGAUAUAUAUAUGUGUUUGUACACACAGGCAAUCAAAGAACCCCUCUGAGGUUUUUUUUAACUAAUUUAAACAUUCAUACACUCCCAUUCCCAUUUUAUCAUGACAUUAAGGGAGCAGUUAGUGUUUGCAUUGUAUCUGCAAGGAUACUCAACACAAGCGUAAUGGAGCGAGAGUGUCAUGUGACUCUGGAAACCCAAAGUCGGAACACUGACGCCGAGUAACGCACAGGGCAGACAAGUAAGAACUGUUGUCUACAAUCAGUUGUGUUCUUUAGAGUUUGCUCUACAGCCUGAGAUAUUGAAGCACAUUACAUACGGACCCAGCUGCUCAAAAGCUCCAUUAAAAGCAGCCCUUCACCCCCUGUCCCAUCUUUCCCGUCAUCGCUCAAUCUGCACACUGUGAUCACACGGCCGAGUCUCCCUCAGAGACGUGCUGUGUAGUAGCCUCUCUAGUUUUUGCGUUAACCUGCUGCCUCCUAACCCCCCCCCCAUUUCCCUUGGUGAGCCGAGCACCCCCCACAUCCUCAGGUCAAGUUUCAGGUAACCCAGAGGAGGGAGCGAGAGAAGAAAUCUAGCGCCUAGGACCUGUCCCCAAAGCCCCUGGAAUUCAGCACAGUCCAUUUGGCAGUUUGGAGUUGAUCACAAGCCUGAUGGGGAUAGUCUACGUGUGUAUGCGCAAUUGUUAUAUUCAUGUACUGUACAUGUACACGUGUGAUUUUUUACAUACUGUACAUGCCCAUACCGAUUAUGACAUGUAUAGACUGCAAUACUGAUAUACAGGUAUAUGCAUCUGUAGAUUACAUACAUGUGUAUGCAUGUAUAGAUUGUUAUAUUCAGAUACAUGUAUAUUACAUAUAUGUUUAUGCAUGUACAGAUUGUUAUACGUACAUACAGGCCUAAGCUAACAACUGGAACACAGAACUGGUUCACUUUGCAGGGCCUGGAGAAAGACGAGACCAUCUUUGGCUUUGAUGAUCACACAGAACAUUUUGUUUCUUCCCACCACAACCCAAUUGACAUGGAUUUGUAGGAUUACCCAUGGAACAUGCUGUAAGCCAGUACCCUCCCUAGCUGUAAAUUAGUGUUUUUCCCCCAGACUACAGACUACACAGCUGAGAUCCUGUGUUCGGUCUUGCAAUCAGCUAAACAACACCUGGAUUGCUCACUGGUAGUAAGCAAGCUAGAAGCUUGACUUUUUUUUUUAAUAUUGCUAUGGAUGGCAUAUUUUUGACACUACAGAAGUACUAUAAUAUACAUGGUAUUUAACAUUUUCAUAAUCUGAAAAAAGUUCCUUAUUUUUUAUAGCUAUAUAAACCUUUUACUGCCAAAAUGCAUAGAUUAUUUCUAAUCCCUUCCAGCCAAUGCCUAAACGGUUCCAGGGCUGAACUGGAACAUUCCUUAUUAGACUCGGAAGCUCUGUCCGUUUGACCUGCACCUAUUCUGAACUGCCAGUGGAAUCACUGCCCCCGGCCUAGCGAAGGUCAUGGGACCUCUGAGACCCAAGACGUAGCACUGCAGAGGUCACGUCCCCCCUGAGACAGCGCAGUACAGGCCGUUCAACUCCUGGGGUGCAGGGGAGGUCACGGCCUCGUACAGGCCAGUUUAGCCAGUUGCAAUCAGGGACUCCUUAACUCCAACCUGUCGUGCAAAAAAAAAAAAAAGAGUGCAGGAGGAGUCAGGAAACUCCUCCCCCUGACCUAGCCCCUCCCCCAUCAUCAGGCCACACCCACCCCCUUCACUUCCUGCCCUUACAGCCCCUCCCACCAUCGUUUAUAAACUACAAAACAAUCUCUUGUAUAUACGAAUCUCUUUUGUAUAAAUAAUAACUAUUUUCGUCAUCUUCAGAAUUAUCCAGGGCACAAAAAGCUUUGUUGUUGUAAGUUAAAUAAGGGUGGGGAAAUUAAGACAUUGACCUUGCUUUAUGAAAGAGGCAAGUAAUGCCAUCUAAGUAAAUUAAAAAAUUCUAAGAUUUGGCUUUUAACUUUCCUUUUUCUUAAAAGAUUUUUCUGUUGAAUUUUUUUAUUCUGUUUUUUUCACGGUUAUUUUUGUGUUGUUGAUCGUUUUUAACUUUUGGGAAUUUCUGUUGACUUUCUUUGGGAUUCUCUCAUUGAAGAGGCGGUGCAUGCUCUUAAAACUUUUGCUUAACAGAAAGGAUUCCUGACUCUUCUUGAAAAGUUGCUUCUAUUUGCAAAUGCUUGUGUUUAAUGAGACAUUUUCUAUAAAACCAAACAAAACAAAAAAAAGAGUAAUCAACACCUUGUGCAAUAAAGGCUAUCUUUCUAUGA